GAGAUACAGCGGACUCGUAUUCUUACGAUGGCAACCGGCAAAGAUCCUGGAAUGUGAACUGCCGCAAAUAUGGCGACUCGUGGCAGAGCGGUGACGUCAUAACAUGUGGCAUUGACAUGGACAAGAGAACUAUUUCUUACAUGAGGAAUGGCAAGCAUCUCGGCGAGGCGUUCAGCAGCAUCGCCAGGGGCAAGGACUGCGUGUAUUUCCCGGCGAUGUCGCUCUCCAAACACGAGAUGCUCGUCAUCAACUUUGGGGGACACCCCCUGCAGUACCCCAUGCCUCAAUACAACGUCUUAGAGGCGGAGCCAUCGCUCCAGUUGGCGCAGUCUGAAGCUUGUCUGCUGUGGCUCAGAUCUCUCUCCAAUGUUUUCUUCAGUCGCUCCCUACAGCUGCAACUCUUAGGUAGCGGCGUGUCCACGGGUGACGUGGAGGGCGCGGUGCUGUCCAUCGUCCAGGCCGUGGUGGUGGCGCUGGAGCAGCUCUGUGUGGGGGAGCACUCAGGGGCCUACGUCGUACAGCGGCACGUCAUGGGAUACGUCGAGAGCCUCAUGCCUGCUUCUUUCAUGCCUGAGUCAACAGACAAGAUCCUACAUGGCCUGCUGAUGUUGGCCACGACCUGGAGCAGAGAAUCCUCCACGAGCCUCCUGUUACCUCGACACCGUCGCGCCGUGAAGGUGGUCGCGGCGCUGCUCCUCCACACCUCCACCAGACAUCUCAUGGUCGAUAAACUCCUCUUCGUGGGCGUCCG